UGUCAAAAAAAUCGUCGAAUGUCAAAUGUGCAAUUCGAUAUUAAUGUGCAUUAUUUUGUUACUAAAUUACUGAAUUGCAACUUAAACUGCAAGAAAUACUACAUUUAAUAAUGGAAGUCCUCGUUGCUAAUGUUGACCAUAUUAAGUUUGAUAUAGAUUAUGCUUUGGAACAGCAAUAUGGAGCUCUACCUUUGCCAUUUCCAGGAAUGGAUAAAUCGACAGCUGCAGUGUGCGAAUUUUACAGCAACCCUGGAGGUUGUAGCAAUGGCCCUCAGUGCCCGUACAGGCACGUUCGUGGCGACCGCACCGUAGUAUGCAAGCAUUGGUUAAGAGGUCUUUGUAAGAAGGGGGAUCAAUGUGAAUUCCUUCAUGAGUAUGAUAUGUCUAAGAUGCCGGAGUGUUACUUCUAUGCUCGGUUUAAUGCAUGCCAUAAUAAGGAAUGUCCAUUUUUACAUAUUGAUCCUGAAAGCAAGAUUAAAGACUGUCCAUGGUAUGACCGAGGCUUUUGUCGGCACGGCCCACACUGUAGACACCGACAUGUCCGCCGAGUUCUCUGCAUUAACUACUUAUCAGGCUUUUGUCCAGAUGGAGCAAAUUGCAAAUACAUGCAUCCAAGGUUUGAAUUGCCCGCACCACCGGAGCAGACUAAAGAUGCCAAAAGAUUGCCAGUAUGCCACUAUUGCUCUGAAGUUGGACAUAAAGCAUCCUCUUGUAAUAAGAUUCCACAAGAGAAAAGAGAAGCAGCGCAAAGACAGGAGGAGGCAAGAUACCGUGCCCUGGGUUAUGUGAAGCCGGCUAGUGAGAGUGAUGAUGCAAGUGCGCAUCGCCUUCGUCUCUUGCAUAAGCCUUUGGAGGAAGUCACAUGUUUCAAGUGUGGAACUAAGGGUCAUUACGCCAACAAAUGUCCCAAAGGUCACCUGGCGUUCCUCUCCAAUCAGAAUGCGCCAUCCAAUCAGAACAUGUACAAAAAAAACUAGUAUAAGUAUGUGAAGCCAACUUAAAUCGGCUUCAAUAUGGACUUAUUAUAAUACUGUGUACAAUGUGGACAUAUAAAAUUUAGUAUUACAUAGGUCACACACAUACAUCAUCUCUGAGCUGGUUCAAAAGAUCAGCUCAUAGUCCUUAACCAUUGAACUGCAGUUCAACAAUUUGAUUAGCAGCACAUGACUCAAUCAACAUACUAUAAUUACGGGAGUAGGCGUGCAAACUGUCUGAUGACUCAUUCAAAUCAUACCUCAAUGCAGGUAUAAAUUGAGCUUAACUAUGAGCCGGUUCACUGAUUUGCUUCAGCCAUGAACAGUGCGAUGAUCUACAGGUCAUCAGGUUUAUUUGAGUUCCCCACUGAUUGUAAUUAUCAACUGAUGUGGAGUGGUUAUGAUAGAUAUUCCGAGUGGUUAUAGCGCUGUGGGAUUUAUUUACUGUAUGUUAUAUGAUUUGGAACAGUUUAAUAAUUAUAUAAAAAUAUCUUGUCAAGAAUAAAUGUAAUUUUUAUUAGUGCAUUAAAGUAAAUUUAA